CAGCGGAAGGAUACACACCUACGUUGUUCUGUACACUUGUCUGACAUGACUGGUGGUCCUGUUCGUUGACGUGUUCAUUGAUAUUCUCUGGUGCUCGAGAUUAUGUGUAUUGUCAGGGGAUAAAUCUCGUAUCUGAACUUCGACUGAGAUUGACUUGCCAGAUUCCCAAUGGCGCUUGACACCCUGGAGAAAGCACUGGCAGAAGUCGGGUAUGGCAGAUGGCAGAUCCCCGUGGUAGUCAUCACUGUCAUGGUGCACAUGCUGGCCCCCGUGCAUUUAAUCGGCUCGACUUUACUGAAUGCCCAGCCUCCUUUUCGGUGUAGGGCUGUCAGUCAGGUCGUCAACUUCACAACUUCGACUACGAACUUCGUGUUAAGGCCAGUGGAGAACUUUGUCCCGAAUAGCACGGAACUCGAGGAUUUCUACAACAACGAAUGCCGCGCUGCCACUUCCUCCUCCUCCACCUCCUCCUCUUCCACCUACUCCACUUCUUCCUCCACCUCCUCCUCCACCUCCUCCUCUUCCACCUACUCCACUUCUUCCUCCACCUCCUCCUCCACCUCUCCUAUCCCUGAGUGGAAGUCGACAGGACUUGCUUCAUGCCCGGAGAUCCUACAGGACGAGUCGACAUUUUCAUCUACUGUUUCUAUGGAGUGGCAGCUGGUGUGUGAGCGGAGCUGGCUGAGACCGUUUUUCCAGAUGGCUUAUUCAGUUGGUUCAAUGGUGGGAAGCACAGGUGGUGGCCAUGUGAGUGACAGGUACGGACGCAAGAGAGCCAUCCAGAUAGCGUGUGGCUUCAACCUGGCAGCGAUCGUGGGCAUGGCGUUCCUGCCUUGGUAUUCGGGCGUGUUGGCUGCCAGGGUUCUCUCGGGCUGUUCCAUCGGCUGCAUGAUUUUACCGGUCUUUAGCCUCGCGUUAGAGACGACGCCCUCUCGACACAGGACGCUGGCGGGGAUGCUCCUGGGAACGUCCUUCAGCGUGGCGGUGGUUCUGUUCGCCGGCGUCGGCUUCUUCGUCAGGACGUGGCGGUGCCUCCUCCUGGCUGGCUCGGUGCCGCUCCUCGCCGUGCUGCCCCUGGCCUUUCUAGUGCCCGAGUCUCCGCGAUGGCUGAGUCAGCAAGGCCGCGGUCACGAGGCGGCGGUCAUCUUAGGUCACGCCGCCUCCAGGAACCGCGUCCAGCUCUCGCCCGCCCUGACCUCCGCUCUCCGUGACCUGCAGGAGGAGUCCCAGGUCAAAGAGAAGCCGCAGAGGUCACAAGCAACUGACAUGACCUGGGGAGAGCGAGCGCGGGCGAAAAUCCACCAGGUAACCAUGUAUUUACGUUUCCCUUCGUUAAGGCGUAUUAUCGUGGCCACUACAGGUAUAUGGUACCUGCAGGGAAUCCUAUACCUGGGGAUCAUCCUCAACGCUAAUAAUUUCACGAGCAACGACCCUUAUAUCUACGUGGCCAUGUCCGGGGCAAUGGACCUGAUGGCCAUCCUUCUCGCCACGCCCCUGAACAUGCGAAUGGGGCGUCGUUUUAUCGUGGGCGGCGCUAUGCUCGUGGCGGGCGUCCUCCUCCUGGUGGAUCUGGCAGUUCCUGAGGAAUUCUGGUGGAUAAGGUGGAUCCUCGUGAUGACGUCAUUGCUUCUUAUUGCUGCCGCUUUCCAGGUCAACUUCAUGUACGUGCCUGAGCUGUACCCAACCGUGAUCAGGUCCCGUGGCUUCGCGCUGGCUAGUCUCGCCGGUAGUUUUGGCUUCCUGACGGCGCCCUUCAUCACGGACGUUCUGGCGCAGAAGACGUGGUGGGCGGUCGGCGCCACUUUCGGCUCGGCGGGAAUCCUGGGGAGUCUCCUGGUGCCCCUCUUGCCCGAAACGAACAACAUGCCUCUUCCGGACACGGUCGAGGACGUCGAAAGGAGGGGGAAGGGCAUCGUGGCGGCCAAGAAGGGCGAGGCGAGUCAGGAAGAGCAAGGGCGCGAAGCUGAGGAAAUGCCCGCCAUUGGUCCAGCUGAGGAGGCUUAAUUUAAAGCUCUCGGCGUCGGUGGCAUCAGCUGAUCGUGGCGUCGGUGAUAUCAGCUGAUCGCGGCGUCGGUGUUAUCAGUCGAUCGUGGCGUUGGAGGCGUCAGCUGAUCGUGGCGUCGGUUUUAUCAGCUGAUCGUAGCGUCGGUGGCAUCAGCUGAUCGUAGCGUCGGUGGCGUCAGCUGAUUGUGGCGUCGGAUCGGCAACUUGGUGGCCGCUAUGGAGAAAUACGUCGGCUGUCAACUUAGUAAACUGUGAUGUUUAUUUUUAAUCUGACUGAUAGGUAUUUUGUUAUAUCUGGUUCAUAAAUAAAGUCCAAUUGCU